GGGCUCUCGCUGCAGCCCCGGAGCUGCCCGCGAGCGAGCGGAGCCAGGUCAUAGGGAGCCAGUUUGAACAGAGGAGUGACAUGGUCAGAUCUGUGCAAAAGGGUCUGUCACACACACGGAUGGCCGAACCUCGUUUUAACAACCCCUACUUCUGGCCCCCUCCUCCCACCAUGCCCAGCCAGCUGGACAACUUGGUAUUGAUCAACAAAAUCAAGGAACAACUGAUGGCAGAGAAGAUCCGGCCCCCACACCUGCCGCCCACCUCGGUCUCCUCCCAGCAGCCACUGCUGGUCCCCCCAUCCCCAGCCGAAAGCAGCCAGUCCAUCAUGUCAUUGCCGAAACUGCAGCAGGUGCCGGGGCUACACCCGCAGGCCGUGCCCCAGCCUGACGUGGCCCUGCAUGCCCGGCCCGCCACCAGCACCGUCACAGGUCUGGGGCUGUCCUCCCGGGCCCCCGCAGUCAGCACCUCUGAGUCCAGUGCUGGCACAGGGACCAGCACCCCCUCGACGCCCACCUCCACCAGCCAGAGCCGCCUCAUAGCCUCCUCCCCAACCCUCAUCUCAGGGAUUACCAGCCCCCCCAUCCUGGACUCCAUCAAGACAAUUCAGGGCCACAGCCUGCUGGGAGCCCCCAAAACAGAACGGGGCCGCAAGAAGAUCAAGGCAGAAAACCCCUCGGGACCCCCUGUCCUCGUGGUGCCGUACCCCAUCCUGGCCUCAGGAGAGACCGCCAAAGAGGGGAAGACAUACAGGUGUAAGGUCUGCCCCUUGACCUUCUUCACCAAGUCCGAGAUGCAGAUCCACUCCAAGUCGCACACAGAGGCCAAGCCGCACAAGUGCCCGCACUGCUCCAAGUCCUUUGCCAACGCCUCCUACCUGGCCCAACACCUGCGCAUCCACCUGGGUGUCAAGCCCUAUCACUGCUCCUACUGUGAGAAAUCCUUCCGCCAGCUCUCCCACCUCCAGCAGCACACCAGAAUUCACACUGGAGACAGACCCUACAAGUGCCCACAUCCCGGCUGUGAAAAGGCUUUUACCCAGCUCUCCAACCUCCAGUCUCACCAGCGACAGCACAAUAAAGAUAAACCGUACAAGUGUCCGAACUGUUACCGGGCAUAUACAGACUCCGCCUCCCUGCAGAUCCACCUCUCCGCCCAUGCCAUCAAACACGCCAAGGCCUACUGCUGCAGCAUGUGUGGGCGUGCCUACACCUCGGAGACCUACUUGAUGAAGCACAUGUCCAAACACACUGUGGUGGAACAUCUGGUCACCCACCAUUCACCCCAAAGGACGGAGUCUCCCGGCAUCCCUGUACGGAUCUCGCUCAUCUGAAGCCAGGGCCCUGCUCCGCUCUGUGUGCCCCCACCCCCAGCCUGCCCAGGCAGGGGCACAGAAACAAAACCAAUCAGAACCCCCCCACCCCGAGCUCCCCCGCUCUGGGCCGUGCCGCUCUCCUGAACCACACUGCAUCGAGGGGCCUCUGCCCACCUGCCACGACUCCACCCAGGAGUCCCAGCUCAGUUCAGUCCAAUUCACUGCUACGAGGCUUGGAAGAGUUCCCCAGCCCAGGAGCCUGGCCAGCGGCGAUGGCCACCGGGGGAUUCUGGACAGUUUGGGGACAUCCAAAGACGAUUUCAGAGCACUUUGAACCUCUCUCUGUUGGGUUGUCUUUAGUUCACCCCCCUCCCUUCAUUGGGUUGGUUUUUUUGUUUGUUUUCUUUUCUUUCUACUUCCUUUUUUUAAAAUAACAACAAAAAAUAUUUAUUGGCCAAGAAGUUGGUGCUGCUAAAAUGGAAAAAUCAAAAGGAAAAUUGGACAGAUGGACACGGAGAGCCGCAGGGUGGGGGACUCUCACCUUCUGCUGGGCCACGCCCCGGGGCACUGGCCAGAGGGAAGGAAGGGAGCCAGGGAGAUCACAGAGACCUCUUGGAAAUGACCCAGGGCACCUCAUGGACCCAAGGGAGAAUCAUAGCCUCUGAAUGGUUUGAACUCCGGAGUUCAGGGCCAGAACUGGGCUGAGGGGUUCGGGCAGGAAGCUUAGAGGGAGAAACCUGGAGCUAGGGGAAGAAAGGGCUAGAAUUAGCCCCCUAAUGCAGAGCCCCAGAUUUCCCUCCCCUUGUGUCCCAGGCUUGGCCAGGCCUUCCCCCGAUCCCAGAGGCAGAUGGGACAGGUGGGGCCCAGGCCCUGGCACCCAUCGCGCCCACCCAGAGAGAUGGCCAGGUCUUCCACGGGAAGCCAGAGGUGGAGAGAGGAGGAUCCUCCAGGAUCAGGUUUUCCCUACCCCGUCCUAAAAGUAACUUUCCUGAAGAGGAGGGGCAGGAGAAAGGUCCUGAGCUCCUGAUAGUGUGGGAUUUUGUGAGGGCUGUCAGUGAAAGUUAUCCCACCCACCCGCCUGGCCCUCCCUGCCUCUCCUUAGUCUGACAAUGGUGCUCCCUGGGUUCCUGUCCCCACUGGGCCCUGUAACUACAGUAGAGAGUGCCCCGGUCUACCUCCAGUGCUGGCUAGGAUGAGAAUACUCCUCUACCUCUCCUGACAUUCCUGUCUGCUCUGGGCUAGGGCUGGGACCAGGACCUGGCUGCGGGGUCGGGGACAGGACAGGCAGAGUGGACUCUAGAUGUCUGAGAACAGCUGGGCCAAAGCCAGGAAGGAGUGGGGAUGGUCGAUCCCUGGAAUGAGGGCAUGGGACCCUCCCUGACCUCCUGCCCAGCCUUCUAGAAAUGAGCCCAAUCAUGUAUCUUCUCCUAUGGUGGGGACCCACUGAGUCCACCUUCCCUAGAGCUGUGCCCAUACCCCACACCGGGAAAGAGCUGGACCUCCUCAGGCUGGGGAACAGAACCCUAACGUUGGAGAGGAUGUUUGUGUGUCUUCCAUGCCAGGGGGAGGUCAGGAUAGGCACAGGCAGCCAGGCCAGGUCAAGUCCCUGAAAAUUCACCAAUCAAGGGCCUGUGGCCAUAUUGCAAAGUAUGGAGUGGACUUCCCCCCCCAGGUUCUGGGUCCUCCACAGGCCCUGAUGAAAUUCAGGCCUGGGGACCCCUCAAGUCCCCAGUACCAAGGAGGCUUUGAUAGGACAGCUGUGAGGGGCCUCAGACUGUUGGGGACUGACAGGGGAAAAGGGCUGGGCCUGCCUGGGGGUUUGGAGUGGGGUGGCUCUGGGGCCUCGGACACUCAGUACCUGCCUCAGUGCAAGGCAAGCGAGAGAAGAAUUCUAAGUCGCCUCCUCUUACCCAACCUGAUAACGAUGGCACUUAUCACCCUGUGCUAAGGCCCAGGCCAGAGAGCCCCUUCACCCCAUCCCCAAACCUCCAUCCCUGCAGGGUCCCUCAGGGGUGGAGGGGCACUGAGGAAAGCAGCUAGUCAGAAGACUAGCGGCCAGCCCCAGCACCCCCACCCUGAUCUGAAAGCCAUUCGUGUCUCCCCAUGUAUAUAGGAUCCAUGUACAGAGCCCGGAGAAGCCCCAACAACCCCCUCACCAGAAAGGAAAAAAAAAACCUAGACAAAAACUCAUCUAUAUCUUCUGUAUCUUUAAGUUCCGUUCUGAAUAUUAACUGUGUUAUUUUUAUACACUUUUUAAGCCUUAACAAUGUCAUUGUUUGACCAGCUGUUUGAUGCCCUUUGGUUCCACGUAUUUUUCACUGGGUUCUUUUCCCUCGUUUCUGACUCUUUGAUGUUGUAUGAUACUCAGUAUUGUAGCCUUUUUGUCAGCAUGUUAAUACCCUGUAAAUACGCUCUGACACUCCUGUUAACACCCCCUUUUCUUUUGUCUAUGGAACCUCCAGGCCACCGAAUUUAGAUCUAGUUCCCUUACUAAGAAAGAAAAACGGUUCCAGAUGUUUGAUUCUUUUGUCCACUCUCGAGACCUGGCAUUGCAGGGCCAAGGAGGUGGGACCUCAGAAGGGAAAGUUUGCAUUAUGUUAAAAAAGAAAAUUUUUUUAAAAAGCAAAAUGUGGGGAAAAAAAACUAAUGAAAAAAUUAAAAGCCCUAUGCUCUUUGUAUUUCUCUGUUGUGAAAAAAUAAAACUGUACUACG